AUGGUGGGGGUGGAGCAGCAGCAGCAGGGGCAGCUGGAGCAGGAGCAGCUUCAGGGGCAGCUUCAGGGGCAGCUUCAGGGGCAGCUUCAGGGGCAGCUUCAGGGGCAGCAGCCUCAGGGGCAGCUUCAGGGGCAGCUUCAGGGGCAGCAGCCUCAGGGGCAGCUCCCGGGGCAGCUUCAGGGGCAGCUCCAGGGGCAGCUGGCCCGGAAGCCCGAGAGGGAAUUCUUUGUCAAAUGGGUGGGGCUCUCCUACUGGCAUUGCUCCUGGGUGUCUGAGCUACAGCUGGAGCUACACCACAACGUCAUGUAUCGCAACUACCAGCGCAAGAAUGACAUGGAGGAUCCUCCUCCCUACGAGCACGGCUCCGACGAGGAGAUGAUGGUGGUGGUGGACGACGAGGUGGACUCCGUGCAUCGCUCGUCCGCGCAGAGUCGCCCGACGCCGGUCAAGGACCCCAGGGCCGUUGAAUCACUCGCCCAGACGCACUACCGCUACGGGAUCAAGCCUGAGUGGCUCGUGAUACACCGUGUGUUGGUGCACAGUGUGGACAGGAAGGGCAACCUGCUCUACCUGAUCAAGUGGAGGGACCUUGCCUAUGACCAGAGCACAUGGGAGAAGGAGGAUUUGGACAUUCCAGACUACGAGCUCCACCGUACCCUAUACUGGAACCAGCGGGAGCUGAUAAUGGGUGAGGAAGGCCGACCAAUCAAACGCCUUCUCAAGAAAUCUGCAACUGAAUUUGAGAGACCACCAGAUGCUCCCACCACGGACCCCACGGUAAAGUACGACGAGCAACCGCUCUGGGUGACGUCUACCGGCGGAUUGCUACACCCCUACCAGCUGGAGGGCCUCAACUGGCUGAGAUUCUCCUGGGCGCAGGGCACGGACACCAUCCUGGCCGACGAGAUGGGAUUGGGCAAAACGGUGCAGACUAUCGUGUUCCUGUACUCACUCUACAAGGAGGGCCACUCCAAGGGGCCCUUCCUCGUCAGCGCCCCCCUCUCCACCAUCAUCAACUGGGAGCGUGAGUUUGAGGCCUGGGCCCCAGGCUUCUAUGUCGUCACUUACACGGGCGACCGCCACAGCCGCGGGGUCGUGCGGCAACAUGACUUCUCCUUCGACGGCGGUGUCGGACGCGCCGGCAAGAAGCCCUUCCGCAUCAAGGUCGGAUAUCUCACCACCCUUUGCCACCCCCCUGCAUGAUAUCCCACGUGAGGUAAGCCGUGACAGCGAUGAUGGCUAAGCGUCUACGUCCC